AUGCUGGACAUUCUCUGCAUGCCACACCUCGAUGUAGAAAAGGAGCACCAGGGGCAGAGACUCCUUUCCCGCAGCGGGGCUGGGAAGUGCCAGGGUUGCGCUCGGACGCACCAAGCGCGCAGCUCAGCGCUGCAGCCUCCGGGGGCCGCCGCAGUGAACUGGAUCAGCCAGUCUCCAGCCUCUGAAGCCUGCAGGGGCUCCCCGUCCCGGACCGCAGGAGAGAGAGUGACCCGGUUCUCCUUUCCCGCUCAGGUCCGUCCCAGCUCUACCAGCCCGAGCCUGCCCGCCAUGGAGCCGGUCCUUCUGGCGGACGCUGAGCAGGCGCCCCUUUUCCUCACCAACUGCUCGGGCGCCAACGUAUCCGAGCAGGAGCCGGAGCCGCCUGGGGGCGGCCGCAGCGCCGCGUCCAUCGCGCUGGCUGUGGCUAUUACGGCUCUCUACUCGGCUGUGUGUGUGGUAGGACUCCUGGGCAACGUACUGGUCAUGUAUGGCAUUGUCAGAGGCUGUCCCUGUGUGUCAGAAGCAGACAGUGUGCCACGACUUCCCGGGCUUUGCGGGGCUGCAGCAGUUGACGGGAACCGUGUGUGUUCCUAUGUAUUCAUCCACACUGCCAGAGCUGGUGUCUGGAACUUGACACAGGUGACCACAGGUGCCCUGCCUGCCUACAGCGAGCUCCCUUUGCAAGGGGGCCAGUCUGUCGGCAGGCUCACUUGA